ACAAUCCAUGCCCCGACUCCCCUUGCGAGCAUACCACCAUCAUUGGCGUUUUUUGGUUUUCGAAACGGGCAUCAUCAUUGGCGUUGCUACAACCUGCAACCGGUCUUGGUCUUCUUUCCUUGGCAGCUCUCAUCUUCUGGGGCCUUGCCUGCCUUUUGAUGUCAUCUCCCCACACGAUCUGUUUUUCUCCCCUGCUUUUGCCAUCUCCCCCACUCGGUCUCCUCCAUUUCCAAGGCAGAUAGCGGUGGGAGUAGUACUUGACAGUUCAAACGGCCACCGACUCCCAAAGUUUCUUUACUUGUACUAUCUCCUUGACUGCUUGGGAGCUGGGACAAGAUCAUAGGGGUAGGAGGGGGGCUACCAUCCCUUCCAUGGUUUGGAAGAAGAAGACUAUCAAAAGUUGACCAUUUUUUUACGGCCCUACAAGCUCUCCUGUCGGCCGGGGCAGGUGUUCUUGGAGCCCGAGCAGCUCUGCCGUAACAGAAUCACAAUGCUAAUGGCACCGUCAGAUUCUUGAAGGCCUUUGCAGGAAAAGGAGGACCAGAUUCCUAUGAAGUUCUUGCACUGAGAUCUCCAACAGAUUAAAUUUGUUGACCAAUGGAAGGGGGAGAGCAAAAAGUUUCAUCAUUUCCUGAUGUGCCGCCCAAGGACGACAUCCCCGCCGCCGCCAAGUCCCUCACCAUCAAGACCACCGCCAAUGCCGGCGGCUCCGACUGGCCGAGCCCCGCCUCGCCCUACCUCGGCUCGCCGUCGCCGCCGUCCUCCGCCUUCGUCUCCGCGCUGCAGUCGCCCUACAUCUCCCCUCGGAUCGCCGAGCCUCCUCCUCCUCCUAAUCCGCCGCACCGAGAAACCAGGGCCUCCCGGACCCCCGCGCUGCCCUCGCCGGCGUCCCGCGGCGGCGCCGAGUUCCGGUCGGAGGACACGGACGCGCCGACGAGCGCCUCCCGCACGCCGCCGUCGGAGCGCGGCUACGACUCCCGGUCCCAGGGCACCGACCCGCGCCGCCGGUCCUCCGACGGCGGCGGGCCCGCGCCGCGCGUCUCCUUCUCCUUCCCCGUGCCGCGCGUCUCGCUCACGCGGGGCGCCGUCGCGUCGCCCAUGUCCAACGGCAAGCUCCGGAGCUGCGACGUCUACAUCGGCUUCCACGGCCAGGGUGCCCCCCUCGCCAGGUUCUGCAGGUGGCUCAAGGCAGAGCUCGAGCUGCAAGGAAUCGCCGCGUUCACGGCCGACCGGGCCAGGUACUCCGGCGCGCACAGCCAUGAGAUCGCAGACCGCAUCAUCUGUUCGGCGGCUUUCGGCAUCGUGGUGGUCACCACGUCUGGCUUCCUCAACCCGUUCGUCCUCGAGGAGAUCCGGUUCUUUGCUCAGAAGAGGAACCUGGUGCCCAUCCUGUUCGACACCAGGGCGUCGGACAUCGCCGGGCUGUUUGACGGCAAGCCUGAAGAUAAGGAGGGCAUGGAAGCGUUUGAGGGGCUGAUGCGGUGCCAUGAGCUGAAGCUCGAGACAGAUGAGAGCAGCUGGAGGAGGUGUGUGUCGACGGCGGUCACCGUGCUGCAGUCGAAGCUUGGCCGGGGUACGAUUGCCGAAAAGGAGAGCGAGGGAACCGAGGGUUUGCCAUUUCCGCGGAACCGGCAUUUCAUUGGAAGGGAGAAAGAGCUUGCAGAGAUCGAGGGAAUGUGCUUCGGUUGCGCCGGGGAAGUCGAAGAUGUGGAGUGCCCAGGGGGCAGCACCAUGCUUAAUUGUGUGUCCAGUGGUGUGUCAGAUGGAGGAUUUGCCGAUGAGGACAGUGACAGGGUGAGGACAAGCAGUGGCAGGUUUGGCAGCUUGGAGUUGCACAAGUGCAAGCGGCCUGUGUUGGAGGCAUCGGUUGAUCCGGCGAUCGAUCUGUCGGCUGCGAAAGGGAUCGGUCUUCUGAAGCAGAGAUCAAAGCUCAGGAAGUCGAGAUUCAGGUGCAACAGCAAGGAUCAUGGCAAUGGCAAUGUGGUCUGCAUCAAUGGCAUUUCAGGCAUUGGCAAGACGGAGCUGGCAUUGGAGUUUGCGUACCGGUACUCACAGCGGUACAAGAUGGUGUUGUGGAUUGGAGGCGAGGCGAGGUACUUGAGACAGAACAUACUGAAUUUAUCAGGGUAUUUGGGGCUGGAUAUCAGCGCCGAGGCUGAGAGGGAGCACGGCAGGAUCAGGAGCUUUGAGGAGCAAGAGUUGGAUGCUUUUCAAAGGGUGAAGAGAGAGCUUUUCAGGGAUGUGCCCUACUUGCUCAUAAUCGAUAACCUCGAGAGCGAGAGGGACUGGUGGGAAGGGAAGGACCUGCAGGAUUUCAUACCUAGAAACACUGGAGCAAGCCAUGUCGUCGUGACAACACGGCUGCCGCAUUUCAUGAACCUUGAGCCAAUUCAUCUUCCGCAGCUCUCGUUUCAUGAUGCUAUGGUCCUGAUAAAGGGGAAAAAGAAGAAGGAUUACCCUCCUGAGGAACUGGAAGUUCUGAAGAAAUUCGACGAGCAGCUGGGGCGAGUGAGCUUCGGGCUGUGGCUUGUUGGUUCACUGUUGUCUGAGUUGAUGAUUGAUCCUGGUAUUCUUCUUGAGGCUGUCGAGCGGGUGUCGCUAAAUGAGAACAUGAUUGUGUUCUGUUCUGGUGAUGACAACUUAUGGCAGAACAAUUUGUUUCUGAUCAAGGUGUUGGUCUUCUGCUUCGCAUUGAUGGACCAGGUGAAAGGAGGCAGCCUUGCCUUGAGGAUGAUCACAGUAGGUUCUUGGCUAGCUCCAUCGCCCAUGUCGUCGACCCUACUAGCUGCCAUGGCCAGCAAGCUGCCAACAAAAGCCAAUAGCAUUCAGUUGUUGAGUGAAUCACUUAAGGCAGCACUCUUGUGCGGCACACACUGCUUUCUACAGCCGCAGGCAAGGAAAGCUGAGGUGGAGUCGGCACACUUGCUAGUAAAACUUGGCUUGGCGCGAAAAACAACUCAGCGUCCAGGUUGCUGGAUUCAGUUUCACCCGAUCGUGCAGCUGUUCGGCAAGAUCAGCGGCAGUUUGGCACCGGCAUCCGCAGCAGUAUCCGGUGUCAUAAGGACUGGCAAUAUGUCUAUCUAUUCAGAUCACAUGUGGGCUAGUGCAUUCCUUCUGUUUGGCUUCAAAUCAGAGCCGCCUGUGGUUCAACUCAAGCCGGUCGACCUGGUGCUCUUCAUCAAGAAGAUAGCACUGCCCCUGGCAGUCCAAGCGUUCAUGGCAUUCUCGCGCUGCGGCUCCGCGCUGGAGUUGCUCAAGGUGUGCACCAACAUCCUCGAGGAUGCGGAGAAGUCGGUCGCGUCACGGAUACAGGACCUGAAGCAGGGAUCGCUGUGCUGGAAGAAGAAGCUGCGGACAGACAACCAUGUCGACGAGUUCGUCUGGCAUGAGAUGGCACUGCUGAAAGCAACGCUGCUCGAGACGAGGGCGAAGCUGCUUGUGCGAGGCGGGUUGUUUGACAGCGGGGAGGAGCUGUGCAGGACCUGCAUCAGCAUCAGGACGGUCAUGCUUGGCCACGACCAUGCCCAGACAUUGGCGGCUCAGGAGACGCUCGCAAAGGUGGUUCGAUACAGGAGUAAAAUCUGAGAUGGCGCGGAACCGUGCGAGCUGUUCGACAUAGGCAGUAUCUAGAUUUUGUAUCUUGGUCUUUGCUGUGUCUGUGAUUCACUACUCGACAUUCCUUAUCGCGACACUUUUUUUGUUAGAUCACUGAGAUAGCUAGUCUGAUUAUGAGAUCAUGUGUAACUUGACAACUUAUUUAACCAACUUGCUGUGUACAGUCCGGUCUCCUAAAUCUACCUAUGAAUUUUCUUUGAUGAAAUUCUGAGCAUUUUAUGGAUGAAUUAUCUAAUGACACAUGUGACCUGGAGAUGUUUUGUGCUA